GUGUGUGUGUUUUAAGAGGCUGAUCCUCACAUGAACUGAAAACAUGAGCUGCUGUGGCUUUAAGCCCGCCGUUUGGGAUGGGCUGAAGUCAUAACGUCAUAUCAACUCUCUGUCUUUUAUUCUUCGCCCCCUCAUCCCCCCGUCCCUCUCCUAAUGGCACAGUUCUCCGUGCUGCGUUACACCUCCUCCGGCCAUAUUUUCCUAGAAUGAUUAUGCCGAACUUUCUCCGUGUUUUUCUCUCCACGGGGCAUUAUUCCGGGUCCUGAAGUUUCCUGCGGUGUCAUCAUUUCUGGAGUUAAAGCGACCAGAGCCUUCAUAUCUGGAUUCUUUAAAAAAAAAAAAAAAAACAUACUGUACACAGGCCAGGAAGUGCUGCGUUUUCUCUGCCCGGAGGUGCAGCUGCUUUACUGAAUCAGCGAGGAAGAAGGAAAAGAAGAAGGAGACUGGCAAAGCAAAUGAGGACGCGAUGGAAAUGUAAAAAGGGCAUAUCCUGAUCCCCUGUCAACAAAAUGAUGUUUCCUCCUCUCUCUCUGAGUCAGGACGAGUUUCAUCCGUUCAUUGAAGCGCUGCUACCCCAAGUCCGUGCCUUCGCCUACACAUGGUUCAACCUCCAAGCCAGGAAAAGGAAGUACUUUAAGAAACAUGAGAAAAGGAUGACUAAAGAAGAAGAGAGAGCGGUCAAAGAUGAACUGCUGGGAGAGAAGGCAGAGGUGAAACAGAAGUGGGCUAGUCGUCUCUUGGCCAAGCUAAGAAAGGACAUAAGACCAGAAUUCAGGGAAGACUUUGUCCUGUCAAUCACCGGGAAGAAAGCUGCGUGCUGUGUCCUGUCGAACCCUGACCAAAAAGGCAAAAUGAGACGCAUAGACUGUCUGCGACAAGCUGACAAGGUGUGGAGGUUGGACCUGGUGAUGGUGAUUCUGUUCAAAGGAAUCCCGUUAGAAAGCACAGAUGGAGAGCGGCUGAUGAAGGGAGGCCAGUGCUCCAAUCCAAUACUCUGCGUUCAGCCUCGACACAUCUCUGUCUCUGUCAAGGAGCUGGACCUCUACCUUGCUUACUAUGUACAAGAGAGAGAGGCCGAGCAGAGCAUCAGUAGUCCCAGUCGAACAGGAGUGGGCUCUGAUCAGGAGGACAGUCGAACGGCCACCAUGGACGGUCCAGAGUUCCAGGACAGUUUUGUGACAUCAGGAGUUUUCAGUGUCACUGAGCUGGUCCAGGUCUCAAGAACUCCUGUAGUCACCGGAGUGGGACCCAGUUUCUCCAUGGGGGAGCUCCAGGGUCAUCUGGCAUACGACCUUAACCAGUCUGUCAACCAGCCAUUAACCCUCAGACGAUCAUUGGCCAGCACCUCAUCCAGCGGGAGUAAGCGUCACAAGUCUGGCUCUAUGGAAGAAGAGGCCGACAGUCCAGGAGGGGAGUAUUACCACUCACCGUCCUCUCCUGCCAGCAGCUCCAGGAACUGGACUGAUGACAUGGAAGGAGGUCUGUCUCCACCUGUAAAGAAAACAGAGAUGGACAGUCCCUCACCUCAAGAAGACUCACCCAGGAUGGGCUCUUUCACUCAGCACCACCGGCCGGUCAUAGCUGUUCACAGUGGUCUGUCUCGGAGUCCCCACCCCUCCUCAUCUCUUCAUUUCCCGUCCUCCUCCUACUUCCCCCAUGGAGCAAUCCGCUAUCCCCCUCACCUGGCCCAGGAUCCCCUCAAAGACCUGGUCUCAUUGGCCUGCGACCCAGCCAAUCAAACCUCCAGCUCACUGAACGGCAGCAACCAGGUGAAAGUGUCCAGUCACUACAUCUCCUCUCAGAUGUUGGCGCCUCCUGGAACAGCAUCCUCCCUGGCUCCGCCUCCAUCCUCCCUCCCUCGGCCGACGCUGCCUGCAGAGUCGAAGGCCUCUACCACCUCCUCUGAUGGGGGGGCACAUUCCCCCACAUCACCAACAUACUCGGCCCCUGGUACCCCCCCUGCCAACCGUACCUCCUUCGUUGGAGUCACUUCUCGAGACCCGGGUGGACUCUACCAAACCCAGUCUUGGUAUCUGGGGAACUGAGUGACCUCUGGAGGAAAGGUGAUCACCAUGACAUUUCAGUGCUGGAGGAAAGGAAACAAUACUGUCAAGACAUGGCCAGAGGGAAAAUAUAUUCAGCUUUAUAGAAGCCUGACACGUGGCCAUACACACAUCUAAAUAUACAGAGUCAUAUGUUUAUGUGUGUGUAUGCACCAAGAAGAAGAGCCAGCCUGGAUGGAUGCUGCUUCCUCUCAGCCAUAUCCCAGAAUGAACUACGCCAUGUGACGCUGAAUGGCUCUCAAGAAUGGCGAGUGAUGUGAGCUGGGAUUUUGAAGCGAUGCAGAUUUCUGUUUUGUUCAGAUGAACUGCAGAACCAGAACUCUACAGAUCUUAAGAAGCCUGGACCCUGACCCCAGGAUGAGGCCUGUUAUUCCUGCAUCCUGGGUCUCUUCACUACAUCUAGUAUAAGACCUCCUUCCUGGGACAGGUGUAGACCUCACCCCCCCUCAACACCCAGAAUGCCCCUCUCCGCUGCAGGUGCUGCUUAUAAUAUAUGCAAAUAAGCCUCCCUUUCUUCCGGACUGACUAGAGAGAGAUAUCCUCCUAUUAUUAUCUUGUUUUUCUUUGCACCUUUUGAUACGUUGUUGAAGAAAAUUGAGGGUUAGAGCAACAUAUUAUUUUUGAUCUUCUCUUUAAUGACAGGGGCUUCUUCUUUUUAGUGACAAUCAUCCACCAUCAUUUCGCUCUGCUCGUCUUCUUAGGGCUGUUUCCUUUUUAUGAGAAUACUGUGUAGAAUACAAGAGCUACUCAUGUCUCCUCCUGGGACAAUGCUUCACUUCAGUGAGAACAGGUCCAGUGGUAUCAGGAAGGCAGAGGAGACUGACUUCUCCCUUCAGAUACCAUUCAGUUUGUAACACAGAGACAUAGAAACACUCAGUUGAUCUGAGAGAAGGCAAAGACACAUGGAAACCUGCAGCCAGCAGCACCGAGGAGCUGUUGAGCUGUGUGUGUGUGUGUGUGUGUGUGUGUGUGUGUGUGUGUGUGUGUGUGUGUGUGUGUGUGUGUGUGUGUGUGUGUGUGUGUGUGUGUGAAUGUAUAUCAUCCCUGCUUUAUUUGGAGGAGACAUUGUGAGGAGAUUGUUUGUUGUUGAAGGUUUUGACUUGAUAUCAGGGAUGUAGAAAGAGAGACGUUGCACUAUGCUUAAAGUGAGAAAGUGAUGCAGCUUGUCAGCUGGCAGGCUGUGUUGUUCUUUUUCUUGAAGUUGUUGAUUUCUGAUAGUAGGUGAUGUGAAUACUGAUCUGACGGUGUUCUGUAAGGUUCUGCACCGUGUAGCUCAACCCCCCCUCCAGAGUCUGUAGAGGAACGGGGGGGGGGGGGGGGUGAUCAGGCAGCUGGGGACAGAUACAAACAGAAACAGAAGGAUAUCCACAGUGCUGACCUAAAGGGUUGUUGAUGGUUCACCGCUGACAACAAGCAAGAAGUCGAGCAUUUAAAGAUCUUUUUGUAAGGCCCAGCAAACACAAUAUGUUGUGUAUAAAAAGUGAUUUUUGGAGCCAAAGAAAAGAAAAAGAAAAGAAAAUAAUAUUUUUUAAAUCCUACAUGUUGCAUUUUCACUUUGAUUUGAAGCUUAACAUGAGACAAGUUAAAUGGUAAAUGGACUUUUCUUCUGACUACUCAAAGUAGCAGCAGGAGCAACUUGGGGUUAAGUGUCUUAUCUCUAUCAGACAUGUAGCUGCAGGAGCUGGGGCUUGAACCCUUGAUCUGCCGGUUGAGAGGUGACCCACUCUACCUCCCGAGCUACAGCUGCCCUGAAGUUAAGCAUUUGAUCAAGUCCAAAUCUGAAUUUUCAUCUGCAGAGAUGGCAACAUGUCAAAAGCCAUAUGAUCACAUUCUGGGAGUUUGUAGAUCUCAAAGUGAAACUCAAUGAAUGUGAAGAUGUCAGGAUGAUUACAACUUCCACAUUAACGUGAAGUUCAAAUCAAACUCCAAAUGCAACAGUAGUAAAAGCCUUUGCUCCUUGGCCUUUCAAUGUUUGUGAAACAUCUCUUCAAACAUGAAACGACUGGGUGUGCAUUUCUUCAUCCUCAAUGUUCUGAAGCGUUUGCAUAUUUCUGUGUUGAGGUGAGAUGAGAAAGCACAUUUGACAUUAUUGAACUGGUUUAAAUCUGCAGAACUGCUUUGUUGAUUUGUUCCCCGUGCAAACAGAAGGGUGAAAGUCAAAGGUGUUUUUUUUUCUUCAUCAUGGGAGUCAUUUCUCCUCUCUGCCUGGAAGAAUAAAGUAUAGUAGGAGCCAAUAUCAAUGAAUCAGAUUAAAGCCAUGCUCUCUAAUAUGCCAGUAACCAGGAAUGAAGCAGCGUGGCAUGGCCAAUGAAAAUGCUGAAUUCUUACAUUAGUUUAACUCUUCCCUGUUUUAAAUCAGACAUCUCUCAGAUUUCCUCUGAAGAUGCAGCAGGCUGCAGAAAAAGAUCACAGUUUGUCUUCACCCUUCAUGUUCACAGAGACUCAGUGAGGUCUGAAAUGGGCUACCCAAACACCCAGUACAAUGUACCAGCUCACCAGCUCAGCCAUGUGUGUGGAGAACGAAUGAGUGAUUUUUACUACCACAGCUAAGAUCGGGAAUUCAGAAGGAAAUCUAAUUCAGUCUGAAUUUUUCUGUCAGUGUUUUCUCGGUCGUCUUUUUGUGUUUUACAUUUGAAAGUGAAACAGCUAUGGAAUAUUUCUUGUGUGGAUUAUUUUAAACUUGCAUCAUGUGCUUUUACCUCCUUUAGCAUUAGCACCUGUGUUCCUCUUUACGCUGUGUGCUGUGCAGAUGCUUCUUGGUGUCAGUCUUCUACUCUUUGUUUCCAGGCUUUUAGGGGAUACAGCUGUCAUUGCCUACUGUGGGUUCAGAUUUUGUACUGAAGGUGCUGAAUUGAGCUGGGUUUGCUGAGGUUUAAAGCUUUGUUAAAGUUAGCUUAAAGCUGAUGUAUACUGCAUGGUGCUGCCCUGGUCGCUGUGCUGACCUAAUGAAUGCAUGGCUAAAAACUGACGAUACCUCUUCCUCUCUUUCCUGCUCUUCCUCCUCCUCCCCUUCCUCCCUCUGUACUCUGUACUCCAUCAGAGGGUAGUAGAUGGAAGGGUUGUCUAUUUCUUUACAUUUUAAUAAUAGCCCUGUUGAUAAACUUCUAUUUUGCACGAUAUUUCAUAAAACACAUUAUGUGCCUUGCCUUUAGUUAAAGAACAAUUAUACAGUAUAGAACAGUCAUCAUGUUUUCAUGGUACAGCUGGAAGCUUCAAACCAGAUAAAACUAAUCAAAAAAAAGCUGCAUGUGUGAUUGCUUGGCAUUAACCAGAGUAGGUACAUAGUUAAGUGAGUAAGCUGCCAGCUGGGAAACUGGCUUUAGUGUCAGUCCACUCACUGAAGGCAGAACACGAGAAACACUCUGACAGUUUGCUGAAUAUAACGCUUUCACUUAUUUACUUUUCCGCCGGCUUUUAUCCCCAUCUGAAACAUUCAAGCAGUCGCUGAGGCGCUUUGUGUGUCAUCCAGACUCAUGUAAGAGUGAGGUUAUUCGUAACCUCCUGCUGUGGAGAUGAUCUGACACUUCAACACUCAUUGGGAUCAUUUCAGUAAAAAUAAUAUAGAAAACAUGUUCAGACGUGGAAAUAGAUGUAGUGCUCAAACUAUGAACUGUACACAUGAAUACCGUGUGUUGUUGUUUUAUUCUGCACAGAAAAGAGAAGCACUUCCCUCAUCGUUGGCUUGUUUCUUGAUGUUUGGAUGUUAAACGGCAUCAUUCAGUAUAAUCAGGUGUUUGCACUCAGAGAUCUUUAGUGGCUCUUCUUCAUGAGCUGAAGGGUUUGCUUUGAGGUGUGUGGAUAACAGUGUUAAUAACCCUGAUGUUUGUCUCCGGACUUCCAUGUAUUGUAAAUGAUACUGUAACUUAGCGUUUGGUUAAAGUUUGGUUACUUUGGAUCCAAAAGUCCUAAAUGUUCAGAAUAAAAUCCCAAAACAUCCUCAGAGUGUCCGCUCGGCUCGGUCUACGUCCUGCUUUCAGACCAAGUGUUAAACACAUGCAAAGUCAUUUCAGAGUAUUUACAGAGGCGCUGCUUCUCAACAGGCAAGGCAGCUGCCCGGUGCCCCAGGCCCCCCAAUAGGGGCCCCAGGCCAACAGGGGCCCCCCUGUGGGCUGACAAACUUAACAGCAAAGGUUUAAAAUGUGCAAAAUGUUGCAUUGAUAGUAGGAGACCUCCCUAAAGGGGGCCCCAUCUUACAGCACUCCCUCUCCUUGCUCUGCAAAGUGUUGCAUGCUUUGUUUCUGUGAAAACCAAAGUUUGUCAAUGAAAGGAAACUGAAGAGGAGUUAUCAGUCUGGGAGAGAAAGCAGAGGAGUAGGCAUGUGGACACUGGCAGACAUGAUGGUGAGAGGGGCCCCUGGGGUCCUAAUGGAGUCUAGAACAGCCACUGAGUAUUUACUGCAGGAAAGUUCAUUUCAGUCAAUUGAUCUUUAUUUCUAUAGAACCAAUUCACAACAAAUGUGAUCUGAUGACUCUUUGUUAGAUUACAGAGCCGACAUGAAUCCACCAUGAGCACAGCACUUUAGCACAUUUGUUUUAUUGGUAAUAUUUGAUCGAGCAUUAGCCAUGUCAUAGAAUCAUGUAUGUGUGUGAGGUUCAGCAGCUCUUUGAUUGGCUGUUAAAACACCGUCCAUUUGCUCGUAUGAUGACCAUGACCACAUGACCAAUCAUAUGACAUCACAAGAGGCCAUAUUUAGAGUUCAUUUGAUAUGCAUGCUUUAAUCUUAUUGUUUUGUAUUAUGUUCUUGAGUAAUUCUCUGGUUGCUUUUAGUACACUUUAAAGAAACAUGUACAAGAUGGACUUCUAAAGUCAGAAUGUGUUUGUGUGUUUGUCUUAAGAAGAUGGACAAGCGUCAGAGAAAUGUAGCCCAUUAAAUGGGAAUAAUACCAGUGUGCUUGUUUAAAGUUCAGCGAUGUGAGGGAAAUAGUAGUGGGAGAGAGGAACACAAUCCUGAAGGUGAAGAUAAGUAACCUACCAGGGCUGGAAAUGAACACCCGUCACUGCAGUAAAUCACCUGCAUUCAGCGGGUGAUGGGUGAAUUUGUUCAAUUUACCAGUCAAAGUAACGUAACAGAGAGAUUUAAAAUGCAUGCUUUUAAAACAACAAAUUGAUAAUGGUAUGAAACGACCAAAACAGACAGAGAGAGAGAGAGGGUCCUCUGGCAGUACCAAGGUGCUCCACUAGUUCAAAACAAAGCAACACAUCAAUCUCUUAUUUUGGUACCAUUCCCAACUUUAGACGUACUGAACUGAAGCGGACUGCUUGGUGUAAACGGGGCUGGUGUGUGUUGAUGGAGUGGAUCCAGAGUACUGCUCUGACCUUGUGACCAGCAUCACUGUGCACAUCGUCCUUUCUAUUGCUUCAUAUUGACGAGCAGAAGAGAAAACAUCUUUUAAAUUCUUAAUCUUGACCUGUACUAAUGACACUUGCACUAUUUAAAUGAAGAUGGUUUAAUGGAUGUGUUUUCCCAGUUUGGGUGGAUGGCUCUGAGCUCUACAGAAAGGUCUGAGUCUCUGAUAAAUAUAAAAUGCAGUGGGAAUUCUCUUCAUCUGUAUUACCCCCUACUCUUUCUUCAUCACUAAGAAAACCAAGUAGCUCUCUGACACGUCAAUCAUCCAGCCGAUUGGAGGAAUGUGCUCUGAAUGAUUGACAGCUGCCCUGCCUCUGCUAAAGCUUGUGUAGUGUUCAACAAAGUGAAGCAGAUUGAGCGCUGGCUGCCCAGGUCUCCAUUUCAAACAUCACACAGUUUCCCAUGGCGUCCCAGUUACCAUUCAAAGCACAGAAGUCUUCUAACACGUCGUCUGGAAGUACCACCUUUAAGAGAAGUCAGAAUGAGAUCAAGUUGCUCAUUUUAAGAUUUACUAUCACACUGAUCUACAGUAUUCAAGUGUUCAAAUAAACCAGCAGGUCAACAACGCGGAGACUUAAAGAAACAACCAAAAAUGACUUCAACAAGCAUCGCCUAUGAGUUCACUGCUCCUUUCUUUAGAGUUCUUUUGCACGCAGGGCUUUACAAACACAACGUGGUGGUGCUUGUGACGCCCCUCAGCCCGGGACCGGUGCUCAGUAUUGUUCACAUCAUCAGCACAUGGUCGAGAUGAGCUGGGAAGGUGAACAUGACAAGCCAUAAAAAAAAAACUAAAAAAAAACCCAAAGAGUAAAAGAAAAUCUAGAGGAACACGGUGAACCUUUGUGUUUGUUGAGGGGAGAAAGUGAGGUGGGAUUAUAUUCAGGGAUUACAGCUGUGUUUUUCCUACUUUAGAGGUUGAAGGGAGAAAGACAGGACGACAUGUUUUUCAUUCUAUCCAGAGAAUGAUACCUCUUUACUACAUGUCCACCAUAUUGUGAAAUGUUACCACAAAGCAGUAACAGCAGUCCUGAUCACAUCCUUACAGAUCUACAUCAGCUGUUCCUUUCAGCCCACUGACCUCAUAGGUUUCUGUCAGAGCAGACGUUAGGAUCUGACCAGGUGGGAUGGAUCAAAUCCUUUUAUUUUGUAUAUUUUAUGGUUCAAUGUUUCUACCACACAUUUAUUUGGAGAGUGCACUUUAACAUAACAACACUGAUUCAGAGUUCAUUUGAAGCUUCCUAACAUGAUCAAAGGUUGAAAUAAGUUUCAAACCUUUCUCACUUUUGUGGAAAUAUGCAGCGAAAGACUUGUCCACGUCUGUAAAUGUUCAUGUUUGGAUUUAAAAUGUGCUCUCUUUUCAGAUGAUGUUAUUUAUUGGGUUGGUUUUGGUGUAAAGUUUCCAUCUAGAUUUUCCUUUUCUCUGUGGUACGACUGGAGAGCUGCAGUCGGUCAGGUCAUAACUUGAGCUGAACACUAAGGGGCAUUCAGGCGAGUUUACCCCAGAAGGUUUUUUAAGAGGGCUCUUUUCUAAAAAACUUUUCAUGUUCUUCAACUCUCUUCUGUUGCCUGACAACGUUGUGACUCCAAUAGGGGUUUUUUGUGCGCCGUAACUUGGAUUCUGUUUUCUUUUAUGGCCCUGUAACUCACCGCAGUUUGAAAUCCUUUCUUAGCAACCUACGUCUGAUUUUGUAGUUUUUUCCUGUGACGGUGACGCCAUAUUGAUUCCAGUCUGUCUCUGUGGGUACUUAUUAGUGCUGAGGACAGUUUGAACGAGAGAGACAACAUUUGAAUGCAGAUUUUUUGCCAUAACCUUUCAGAUAUUAUUGUUAAGGAUUGCUUUGCUUACUUCUGAAUAUAUAUCCCUUACAUCAGAGAGAGCUUAGGCAUGAGCAGCUGUCGACAGUUAUUGCAUGACUACGAUCCACACAGACCUCAGCCCUUUUCACUCUCAGUGUUCAUCAGCACAUUACAUCGAUCUUUUAGGAAUGGGAUUACAACCCUGAAUCAAUUCAUUCAUUUCUAACUGAAACAUCAUACCUUUGUCAUUUUCUACAGAAAGCCUUUUAGAAACAUCUGUUUAAAGGUAUAGGACACAACAUACUGCACAACCUGUUAUCCAAAUAUCAGGGAGCUAGAAUCAAGUUGUGCUUCAUGUAUAUGAUGCUCCAGAUGAUCUUUGGCCUGAGGUGUUCACUGUGCAAAGGGCUGGAGCUCUGGACUGGAUGUAGUUUGUAGCAGCUUAGCAAAGAGCUUGAUGUACUUUUUUCUUUUGGAUGUUUUUCAGCUGAAACAGAUCUCAAUAAUCAUCCUUUCUUUGCAUGAUGUUAACUAUUUCUCAAGUGUUGCACUUAGACAGGGAAAGAUAUCAUGUCAACAUGUUGCAUAGUUUGAUCUAUACGCUGACGUCAUGGGUUGAGCUGUUGGAUUCUGAAGUGGGCUUCCUGUUCCUGUUUGAAUGUCUCAUUGUUUGAGAUGUCUGAAUGAGUGUUUCUGCCCUAAUGUUGUUCAUCUGCUGUGGGGGAUAUUAAUAUGUCAUUUUAACCAUAUUUAGCCAUUACUAUCAGCAGCUGCUGGUACAUUCAUUACUGGAAAUGAGUAUGUUUCCCUAUGCAAAAAUAUACCAUUAAUAAACAAGCUAUACCACAACUCCA